ACCGUCUCAGUUCCACACAGGAAGUGGGUUGGCGAAUUCAACAUGGCUGUUGUCUGCAAAUAGAGGAGGACUUGUCUUAAGCUAUGAAAUAGCGAGGGUUUCUUAAAUUUACAGGACAGUUGACUCGCUUCCGUGUGUUGGGUGCUUUCGACGCUGGUCCGACAUGGCCCAGUGUGUUCAGUCUGUUCAGGAGUUCGUUCAGGACUCGUUUGUCCCGAUGGUGGCCGUCUUGUGUAGUGAAGAAGCGGAGAGAGUGACUCGUAAGAACAACCUGAGUUUCGCUGAGCUGCUGAGGCCUUUCUGCAGACUAACGUCCGAAGGUCACAUCCGGGACCCGAACAACCAGGUGCAGGUCGUGAAAAACCUGCGUAUCUGUGUCAACAAUGUGGUGACGAGCCCAAACACAGCGUCUACUGCACUUAGCCCCACCCAGCGCCAGCUGCUCAAUGAAGUGGUGUUAUCCUGUCAGCCACAAGAGGGCGCUGCGACUAAUGUGAUCACAGCAGGAGACUAUGACCUCAACUUCAGUGAUCACUCUCUUAAAGCUAGCACCCCAUGGUACAGUGCCUGGAGAGAAACACUGUUGGAAGUCAGCACCUCCCAGCACUGCACAGCAACCACGCCCUGGUUUGAAGCCUACAGGGAGAACUUCCUGCAAUCGAUGCCUGCCUCCGACCACGAGUUCCUCAAUCACUACCUCGCCUGCCUGCUGGUGGUGUCCUCCACUGAGGCAGUCCCCGUGGAGCAGUUCCUCAAGCUUUCCCAGGAGCAGCACAGGAUUCAGCACAGUGGAGAAUACACUAACCCCAAGUGGUUUAUCCCCAACACGCUCAAGUACUACGUCCUCCUGCAUGACAUGAGUGAGGGGGAUGAACAGAGGGCGGAUGCGGUGUAUGAGGAAAUGAAGCAGAGGUAUGGUCCUCAGGGCUGCUAUCUGUUGAAAAUGAACUCUCGCACCUUCUCAACUGAAGAGGAUGAACAGAUCCCAGACCCCUGGAGUCAGUACCUGCACAGGACCAACCUGCAUAACCAGGAAAUGCUGGAUGAUGUGACGGUGAAUAAUGCUGCUGUUGAGAACAGUAUCAGUGCAGCUGAAGGGGACAUCCAUCACUCAGCAGAGAAAGAUGGAGUGUCCAACAGCCUGGAAAGCCAUCCUCUCAAGCUGGACGCGGCAAGCAGCUCGGGGAGCCUGCACACCCUCAGUGCUGUUAACACCGAGCUGAAGAAAGGAGCGAGAGACCCCGAGAGUACGGCGGGAGGAGCAGGGAGCCACGGGGCGUGUCUGACCCUGAAUGACCAUGACCACAUCAGACAGUUCGUCCAGGAGUUUACCUUCAGAGGCCUCCUGCCGCACAUAGAGAAGAACAUCAGACAGCUCAACGACCAGCUGGUCUCCAGGAAAGGUCUGAGUCGGUCUCUGUUCACUGCGACCAAGAAGUGGUUCGGGGGAGGGAAGGCUCCAGAGAAGAGCAUCAGUGAACCAAAGAGCACAUGUGGCCUUCUAUAUCCCCCAGAAGCCCCUGAGUUGCAAAUCAGGAAGAUGGCCGACCUGUGCUUCCUGGUUCAGCACUACGAGCUGGCCUACAGCUGUUACCACACUGCUAAGAAAGACUUCCUGUCAGACCAGGCCAUGCUCUAUGCUGCAGGGGCACUGGAAAUGGCAGCAGUGGCGGCCUUUCUGCAGACAGGAGCUCCCAGACCAUAUCCAGCACACUACAUGGACACUGCAAUACAGACGUACAGAGAUGUCUGCAAGAACAUGGUGCUGGCUGAGCGAUGUGCUUUACUCAGCGCUGAAAUACUCAAGAGCCAAGGAAAAUACUCAGAGGCUGCGACUCUCCUCAUUAAGAUGACAAGCGAGGACUCUGACCUGCGUAGUGCUCUGCUGUUGGAACAGGCGGCCCACUGCUUUAUUAACAUGCGUAACCCCAUGGUGCGCAAGUUUGCCUUCCAUAUGAUCCUGGCUGGUCAUCGUUUCAGCAAAGCGGGACAGAGGAGGCACGCACUGCGCUGUUACUGCCAAGCCAUGCAGGUGUACAAGGACAGGGGCUGGUCUCUGGCAGAGGACCAUAUCAACUUCACAAUCGGCCGUCAGUCUUUCACACUCCGCCAGCCAGACAACGCUGUAACAGCCUUCAGACAGAUCCUGAACAAUGACAGCAGACAGACGGCCACACAGCAGGGCGCCUUUCUCAGAGAGUAUCUCUAUGUUUAUAAGAGCGUGAUAGGGGGAAAUGAAGUCAGCCUCCCUCAGCUGCCUCUGCCCUGCAUCCACAGCUCAGCCACAAGGGUCUACUUCGGACACGAACGCCGCCUUGCUGAAGGGGAAAAACAGGCAGCCACUCAUGUGUCCCUGGACCAGGAGUAUGACCAGGAUUUGGCAUCCAUGUGGUGCCACCUAGAGGAGCAGCUUGUGGCCGCUGCCAACCGGGGCAUUGUCCCAGUAAACUUCCAGCCCACCCAGUGCUGCCUGAACAGCCAGACAGACAACCUGCGCCACCCACUGGCUGUGGUGGAGGAGCCAAUCAUAGUGGAGGUGACAUUCAGGAACCCUUUGAAGGUUUCUCUGGCUCUGUCCAACCUCUCGCUCCUCUGGAGGUUCACUACCGAUGGCGCGUCUCCAUCAAAGGAGAAGACCACUGAAGAGCAGGCAGGAGAGGCCGUCACCAAUGAGGAGACCCUGGCUCUUGGGGUGGCACAGAAAGAUGACAUUGUCACCACUGAGACCAUCCUCGAUUUUCAUAUGGGUCCAGAGGAGACCAAAAUGGCCCGACUCAGGCUGCUGCCACACAGAACUGGGCAGCUGAACAUUGUCGGUGUGGUGUACAACCUGGCUGAAGCCUCCUCCGGCGAGAUGGCUCCCAGCACAGAUGGUCAGCAGAUGAGGGACAUGAUAGUGGUUCGUGGAAGACAGGACCUGAAGAUCCAGGGUCCACGACUAAACCAGACCAAAGAGGACAAGAUGUUGGUUCGACACGGUCCUGAUCGACGCCUGGAUCCCAUUAUAAUACCAUCCAUGCCCCUGAUGGAGGUCUUUUUCCUUCAGUUUCCCACUGCUCUGCUGUGCGGUGAGAUCAGGAAGGCCUACGUUGAAUUCUGUAACGUCAGCAGUGUUGCUCUGUGCGGCCUGCGCGUGGCGUCCACACACCCCGAUUUCUUCACCUUCGGCAGCCAGGCCACGACACCCAGUACGCCGCUCAGCCCGACCUCAGCUGAAAACUGCUCGGCCUAUAAAACCUUGGCCACUCCCACCCAACCGGGCUCAGUGGCAUCUGAGGUGUUGGUUUCAGCUGAUGAUUUCAGCCAGCUGUCCAGUGUCAUGGAGAUCCCAAUAAACGGCAACACACUACAACCAGGGGAGUCCACCCAGCUGCCUCUCUGGCUCAGAGGACCAGACCAGGAGGGAGUCCAUGAAAUCAACUUCCUGUUCUACUAUGAGAGCACAGAGAAAGGACUCAAAAUCAGUCAUCGGGUGUUACGUCACACGGUGUUCAUCUGUGCCAGUCGGUCUCUGAGUGUGCAGGCGUCCGCCUCCCGCAGCAGCGUCCCUCCACAUCACAGUCUGGAUGAUAAAGGCGGCGCUGGGACGCUGGUCUUCAUUGAUGUGGAGAACAUCAAUACGAGUGAGUCUGGGGUGCGUGAGUUCCACAUUGUCCAGGUGUCCAGCAGCAGUCAACACUGGCGCCUCCACAAGUGCAUCAACCCAGCCAGGGAUAAAGACUGUAAACUCACCAGCAGAGAAAGAGCCAAGCUGUGUUUCAGGGCCACGCGAUGCAAGCCCCACCAAGCUACCUCGGACGCUGUAGAGAAAUACACGUUUGCUGACCUAAAUCUGGGAAAUGAGCGGAUCAUCAGUUCCUCCACACCCUGUGGAGAUUUCUUCUUCCGCUGCUGUCGGACCUCAGAGUCUCAGCGAGUGGAUGUGGCGUCAUCCAGGACAUCAUCCAGCAGCAAGAGUCAGGGCCCUGUCCCCUCUGAGGACAGAGCCUCGGACAUCACAAGCAUUGUCAAGAAGUGUAAUGAGCUGGACCUCAACAUAAUUGUCAUCUGGAAGGCCUAUGUGGUUGAAGACAACAAGCAGCUGAUCCUCGAGGGUCAGCUCCACGUGGCUCUGCAGACCAUCGGCAAAGAGGCCACUUCUCUGGCUCCCAAAGAGGAAGCUCAGGAGAUGGUGCUGCUGAAGUUUAAAUCAGAGCUGCCUCUUCCUGUCGUCCUGCCCUCUGCAGAGCUGUCCCAGCUCAUCAAAACCAACCUGCACUACCCUGAGACCUACACACAUCCGUUUGUCCAGAAUAGUCUCUGUCUGGUUCCUGUGACUCUGACUCUGUCCAACUGCUCGUUGGCUCUGGUGGACGUCAUCAUUGAUUUACGGCACAAAAGCAACAGCUCAGAGUCUCUGGAGGUCCACAGCUCGUUCACCUGGGUGGGUCAGACCCAGUACAAGCUGCAGCUGAAGCCUCAGGAGGUGCUCUGCCUGACUCUGCGAGCCUGUUUCCUCCAGGCAGGAGUUUACAACCUUAACACGCCGCGAGUCUUCGCCAAACCGGCCAAGCAGGGGAACAUGUGUGAGACGAGUCAGCAGACAGCUAGUCCUGCUCUCAUAAUCAUCAACAACGCCUGAGAGGAGUGCCAUGGCCGGCAGACAGAAGGGUCUGGACUCUGUGGACACAGAAACCAAUGACCAGAGUCCACCAGCUACUCUGAACAGGACGCAGGUGUUUUGUAUCAGUUAGUACAAUAGAAAAACGUUUAUUUAAAGCAAACAGCUACAGUUCGUAGACGUUACAGGUGAAGUGGUCAGACAGUACAUGGACCUCCGAACUACUGAGUUUCAUCAGCCAAGCAUCAAAGAGUCUCACCUGCACGUUAGUUUUUCUAUACCUAUCAUCAUCAUCAUCACACAGGUUCACCCUUCUACCAUGCACUCCCCCACCCCGCCCGCUCCCCCCUGUCACCAGCAUCUCAAACACCCACCUGUGUUUGGAUCCUAAUGGGUUUUGCUGGUGUUAGACCAGAAUGUUGACUCUGAUCUAAAACCUUGAUGCUGAUGCGAGCACAGGUGCUUGCAUCAGCAUCAGUCUGUGUAUGUUUGGUCCAGUCGCAUUACACUGGCCUUUAGUUCCACCCUCUGUGGAAUGACGCUGCCUGCUCUCUGUCUAACAGCUUCCAUCUGCAGAUCACCCUGAGCUCUGGAGAAAUCAGACGUGGAAUUCCUGAGCAUCUGUAACGAGCUGUUCACAUCCUCAGCAUUGUACAUCUCACCACCCAGCAGCCUUUUCAUCGAGCCCGCUGCUGUGAAGCCUCCAGCUAAUCCUGAAGACCUGGCUAAGCUGAAAGGCUGACAGCUUAAUGCCCGUUCUCUGUGUGAUUUUCACUCUGUCAGGACCAGACACUACCAUGUCCUCAUGUGCACGCAGUUGAUUUUGUAAAGUCCACCCAAUCCAAUCAGCAUUAUACCCCCAUUAAACCCAUUACCCCCCCCCCCCCCCCCCCCCAUUCUGUUUAACCUCACCGUAUUGUGAUCAGGCUCUUGUAUGCAUUGACUUGACAGCUUUUCUGAAAAUUAUGUAUUAUAUUUAUAUAACAAAGUGGAUGUAAAUAGAAAAUAAAAAUGUAACUAAUGAGUCUGUAUGUAUUGUGAGAGACUGAUAUCUGAACAGGAGUAUAGUGCUGUGACAGUGUCAGAUCCGUGUAACGUAUAUAAACAGAAAACAUGCUGUGGAAAAAAAAAAAAAAAAAAAGACACUGGUAGCAAAUGUGUGUUGGAAUUAUUGUCUCAGGCAACAGAGUUCACAACAUUACAGGUGUCGAUACUUACCUGUGUCCACACUUGUAUUCUCUCUGGGAAUCUGGUGGUUCCAGCGUCCUACACUACAGAAUUUAAUACUCACACAUCACGGGUACUUUACUGGCUAAUAACGACAAAGUAGCAAACUUGUACUGUACUGUUAAUGUCUAGACCAGCAAUGUUUAGUAUUCAGUAUAUAGAUCAUGUGAUUCUGUAUUGCUCAAGCAGAAUUUGCAGAAUUUCUCUUUAUAACUGGAUCACUUCCUGGAAUGAUCCAAUCAGUUCUCAGUUAUGAGUGAACAUUCUGGGACACACUCACUCACUGAGAGAGCUAACAGGAUGUGUUAA